AAACUGCAAUUUCAUUCGUAAAGAAAAUUAUAUUUAUAAUAUAGAUACCGUUAAAGGAAUAUAAAUUUUCGAAAAAUAAGCUUAUAUUCGUUUUCACAAAAUCAAUGAAACUGGUGACUUCGAAGUUAACGAAAUGCAAAUUAUGAGCUUGCAGUUUUUUCGAAAUGGAGAGGAAAUAUUUACUCAGUGUCUACAGAUGAAAAGCAUAUUUUAAUGAAGGUUAAAUUCUGUUUUGACUUCAGCUCUGUUCUGGUUUGAGAGAGGAAACAGUAGAAAAUGGAGUCAUCCAACGAAAUGAAGGAAACACAUUUCAUUUGUGAUUUGCAGUUUGAAGUGUUUGAUGAUGAUAAAAAAGUCGAAGAUGGAAUUCAAUCUGAUGAGAAACAGUUCACAUGUGAAACUUGUGAGAGAGUUUUUGCUCUAAAAUGUGAUUUAAAGAGACAUAUUCGUUAUCACGAAUACAGCAACAAAAAACCUUAUUCUUGUGAUAUUUGCAAUAAAGCAUUUUCUUGGAAAUGCCAACUAAGCGAACAUUCCUAUAUCCAUACAAAUGAAAAACCUUAUUCUUGUGAUGUAUGCAAUAAAAAAUUUGCUCGGAAAAGUAAUUUACUUGUACAUUAUCGAACUCAUACAAAUAAUAAAUAUUCUUGUGAUAUAUGCAGUAAAACAUUUUAUCAAGCAAGUAAUUUGAAAGAACAUUUGCUCACUCAUUCAAACGAAAAGCCUUUUUCUUGUGAUAUAUGCAGUAAAGCAUUUUCUACGAAACGUUAUUUAGAUGAACAUUUAUACGUGCAUACAGAUGAGAAGCCUUUCACUUGCACCGUAUGCAAGAAAGCAUUUUCUCGCAAAUAUGUUCUAGCGAAACAUUAUCGUUCUCAUACAAAUGAGAAACCUCACUCAUGUGAUAUAUGCAGUAAAAAAUUUUCCCUUAAAAGUUGUUUAAAUGUGCAUUAUCGUACUCAUACAAGUGAAAAACCUUAUUCUUGUGAUGUAUGCAAUAAAAAAUUUUCUCAGAAAGGCCAUUUAAAUCUGCAUUUGCGUACUCAUACAAACGAGAAACCUUAUUCUUGUGAUCUAUGCAGUAAAAGAUUUUCCCAUAAAAUUAGUUUAGAUGUGCAUUUGCGUACUCAUACAAACGAAAAACCUUAUUCUUGUGAUGUAUGCAGUAAAGCGUUCUCUUCGAAACAUUAUUUAGAUGACCAUUUACAUGUGCAUACAGAUGAGAAACCUUAUGCUUGCACGGUAUGCAAAAAAGCAUUUUCUCGUAGUUAUGUUUUAGUGAAACAUUAUCGCUCACAUACAAACGAGAAACCUUAUUCUUGUGAUCUGUGCAGUAAAAAUUUUUCCCAUAAAGUUAGUUUAGAUGUGCAUAAAAAUGAAAAACAUCCUUGUGAUUUAUGAGAUAUAAGAUUUUCCCAGAAAAUUGUUUUAAUUUCGAAA